UAAAAAAAAACCUCAUCAGCUUGAUGUCCGAAUUGAGUAUUAGCAAAGGGGAGAAACAGGCAGGAAUCUUACAAAGGAUGUUUAAAGGAAAGCAAUAUUCCACUGGAAAAAGAUGACUGAAAAAAGAAAAUGGAAGUCCAUGUGGGAACGCUAAAUUUCGGAAGUAAAUAAAAGUGUAACAGAUGAAAGAUACAGCCAUUUCUUCCAAUAUGAUUCCAAAGAUGACACCAAAAACCAAAAAGACUGGGGAGAAUGUAACUUUCCCUUUAGCAGAUCUGAAGUAGUUUAUUUGUUUUAUGCCUUCUUAUCUGCUCUGAUCAUCAAAGGCACGAUCUCAGCAAUCUUGCUCAUAUCAUCUGAAGGGACAAACAAGGAAAAGGAAAAAAAGGAAGACAAUGCAAACAUUCAAGAAACUCAACUUUCUGCAUUCUCUUCUUUCCCUUGUGCUCUUCCUCACCAACUCCACAGCCCAACACGCUCCCACAAAUGACUGCGGCAAUAUUCGGCUUCAGACAUCCUUCUUGAGUCAAAAUUCCACUAACUCCUUCCCAUUAAACCGCAUGAUCAAAUGCAAAUCUCAGAAGCUAUACUUCAGAACCUCUCUUGGUCUUUUUCCCAUAUCUUCUAUCGAUUAUACAAGUAAAACACUGACAGUCUCUCACACUUCUUGCUCUUCUUCAGAGCGCUAUGUAUCCCCUGCACUUCUCUCUGCUGGUUUCCCUUCUCCUCCUCAGCCCAACUCACUUCUUCUCUUCAAGUGCUCACAAAAAAGGUAUCCCACAUCAUCAUCAUCGAUCCACAACUGCACUCACUUACACAUGUGUGGAGCUGCUGCCGGUGUCCAGAAACAGGAAAUUAAAGUUCCAUAUCCAUGUCUACUCGUUCAAGAUAUUGAAAAGCUUGACGCUGACUUUCAUCCAAAAGAUUUGAGUUGCUCAGAUUACAGGAGGGUAUAUAGAAGGUCUUUUAGUGAGGAAGACUACGAAGGAGUUGAGCUAGGGACAAGGAUUUCUUUCGACAUUCCUGACCAUGUACCAGAUAUCUGUAAUGAAUGUAAAAAGCCUAAUGGUAAUUGUGGUGUUGGGUUGAAGUGCAUUUGCCAUGCAAAAGAGUGCAAAGACAAGGUCGUUUCAGCAGCCAACUCACUGAGCACUGGUAUUGGUUUCCUAUUUCCAUUAUUUUCUAUCAAUGUUCUGAUGAAUUUCUAGAUGAUAUGAGCAGUUCCGAAACAUCAAAUACAAAGAACAGAUAACCUACUUUUUGCUUUCCUUUCUCAUGGAUGUUAAAUUUAUAUCUCUACUUACUUUUCAACUGGAUUGCUAUUUAAACUUCUAUCAUCUAUCUACACAAACACAA